AGGUGAAGGAGAAGACAACAGGACGCCGUCGGUCCACUUUGAGGAGAAAAUCCAACACAAACCCUGACCCUGACCCUGAUCCUGACCCUGAUCCUGAUCCUGAUCCUGAUCCUGAUCCGGACCCUGAUCCGGACCCUGACCCCACAGUCCCUGAGUCCAGCCCAGUGCCAGCUCCUCCUGCUGAGGAGGAGGACAGGACCAGCCCUGCUCCUCCUCCUGCUCCUCCUCCGCUCCCAGCCUCCAGGCCUGGAGAGGAACCAACCAUCAACUCUCCACCCCCAUCCCCCACCCAGAGCCCCAGACCUGAUCCUGAUCCUGAUCCUGGUCCUGUGGAGGGGGACCAGUCCAGCAUGCCUCCUGUGGAGACAGAGGGGGACGGGGCCCUGAGUCCCUGCUCCAGUCCUCCGGGCUCCCCCUGUCCCCGACUGGAGGACGAGGACUCUCUGUCCCCUCUGUUCCAGCUGUCUCUGUCAGAGGACUCCGGGAGCUCGCCCACCCUGAGCCUGGGACACACCAAAAAACGUCUGAAGCAGUGUGCCUUCUGUUACCGUGGUGACAAGUCUCCGCUGGGCCAGGGCCGGCUGGUGGUGUUCGGCCCGACGCCCGGCUACAUCCCGCUACACAUCCUCAACCGCCGCGCCUCCUCUGACCGCGACAACGACUGCCAUGACCACUGCUACCACGGCGACCAGGCCCUGCCCAC